AUGGGCCAAAGAUCCCAAAUCCUCCCCCUUUCCAUCCUCCUCCUCCUGACCCUCACCGUCUCUGCGGCCGACAAAAUCACAGAUGGCAGAACUUGCCCUCCCACCGAAGCCAUCGUGUACUCUCCAUUCAAACCAUGGUUCUAUUUCUAUAGCGGCAGCAACCAACUCUGCUGGAAGACAUCAAUCUGCGCCCUUGAAUCCGCCGACGAGGCGCGCAAGCAGCAAUUCGGCGCCACCGCGUUAAUCAUGGGUUUAAUCCCAUUGACUCUCAAGGACGUCGCGUGGCCUGAGAGACGAAUUGCGCUCGUAUCCGCGCCUUUACCGUUUGCGGCUGCUGUCGUUGUUAGAGCUCUGGGACUCGAGCCGACUGUCGUAGGUGAACUUGACGGUGCUCAAGUACAGAGAUAUCUGCACUGGCUGAAUGGGUUUAUGUUCGCCAAUGUUGGGGUGCGCUCGAGCAUCUGGACGACCGUGCGCGUGGGCGCGAGCCUUCUGCUUCUCUUGACAGCAUAUGGGAUGCUGGCAGUUGUAGAAAUAUUUUCCAAGCGUAGCUCUCUAGGCUGCAUAUACCCUGUGUUUGCGGUUACUUGGUGCAUAAUUGGUAUUUUACCAGCGUUUGUACACGCCGUGUUCGCGAAGAGGCGAGGAGGAGAAAAGGGCGACUUGGAUCCGAUGUCGACUGGUAGCGUUUCUGCGGUGCAAGGUGCAGACGAAGCUUGGCCCGUCCAACUUGCCUGGGGAGUAUAUUACGUGGCUGGAACCCUCAUAUUCACGUCGAUAAUGGCAGUAACGGUUGCUGAGCUUGUGGUGUGGGUGUUCGUGCAGAUUGCGGUGACGGCAGCUAGUAAAAUGUUUGCUCUAUAUAUCUGCUUGUUGCUGCGGAACCCCGACCCUACUGCGCAUCAAUUACGGGGUAAUGAGGAGUAG